GUGUUCUCUCUGCGGUCAGCUGACCCGACUGAAGUCAGCCUGCCGACGGAGGUGUACAGGCUGUGUGGUACAGUGCAAAGUAGCUUAGUGAGAUGACAGCAGGCUCCAUAACUCUUCGUUGGCUUACACCCGAGAUUUUACAUUUUUAAAUGUUAUCUAUUGGAGAAUGAGACGAGCCCAGCGGCCUCUUGUCACCAAGAAGCUGUUAGCUUAAUUGCUAACGAGAGUCAACCAACAUAACAGCUUUUUAAUGCAGCUAGCUAGCCAGUGGAUAGUUGAUUGACCUGUGAUGGUCUGAAGCGCUUCAUACUGACGAAGGACAGGCUGAGAUGGAAGACUGCGAAUGGGAGGACUUCACAGAAACACCUGAGCUGCCGCUGGAGAUUAUAGUUUACAUCCUGAGCUUUCUGCACGCUUCAGACAGAAAGGAAGCCUCACUGGUCUGCCGCAGGUGGUACAGUGCCAGUCAGGACCUGCGCUUUCAGAGGGACGUCACCUUCUGCUUCCCGGCUUCAGCCUCAUCCCUGGAGCUGAUCAGGGGUCUGGGCAGAAAGUCACGCUGCAGUCUGAUUAUAAGCCAGCUCGAUGGCUUCAGUCUGUCCAGAUCACUGCUCCUGGAGGUGGGUGUGUGCUUGGGCCCUAAGUUGGAGAGCUUGGCCCUGCCUGGCAGCAGUAUAACGGAGGCCUCGCUGCUGGCCCUCCUGCCUCGCCUCACCUCCCUCCGCAGGCUGGAUCUCAGGGGCUUGGACAGCCUCUUCAUGUCGGGGGCCUUCCUCUCCAGGGAGGAGCAUAGACAGCAGGUCAGAUCAGCACUCUCUGGUUUGGAGGAGCUGGACCUCUCCGACCUGCGCUACCUCUCCGACCUCACCUUCAACCGGCUCACGGGCUGUACCCCCCGCCUCCGUCGCCUCGCGCUGGCCGGCUGCCACAUCGCCUUCGAGUUCGACCCGUAUCGAGGGUGCCCGGUUGGAACGGUUGAGGAUUCUUCGGCAUUGCUGUCACUGAGGAACUUGCGGAGGUUGUUAACAGAGCAGAAAUCCACCAUUGUGGCUCUGGACCUCAGCAGAACCUCCAUCACCCCCGAGUCUCUACGCAUUAUUGCACAGGUUCCGGGUUUAGUCUUAGACGAACUUUGUCUGCACGGCUGUAAGGAGCUGACCGACUACUCAGUGGAGGUCCUGGUGAAGCACCAGCCGAGCCUCAAGAAACUGGACAUCAGUGCCUGCACUGAGCUGACCAACAGGUCUGUAGAGGCCGUAGCAGGGGGCCUGAAGACGCUGACACACCUCUCCUUGUCCCGUGACUGGAGGAUCACUGAAAAAGGCCUGGCUGACCUUCUGUCUGUGUCGUCCCUGAGGAGUCUGGAUCUGUCCGAGUGUCUGCACAUCAGCGGGACAGAGAUAGUGAAAGGCUUGACGGGAUCCGUAGCUGCCAGAGCACAGCUGGAGACACUCAGCCUCAAGAGCUGCACCUACAUCCGGGAUCUUGAAGUUUUCUCUCUGACCCAGCUUCUUGGGGAUACUCUCCGCGAGCUAGACUUGACAUCAUGUGUCAACGUGACUGACCUGUCUGUGCGCUCUAUAGCCACCUACCUGCACAGGCUGGUGGUUCUGCGGCUCGGCUGGUGUAAAGAAGUCACAGACUGGGGGCUGCUGGGGAUGGUGGAAACAACCAAAUGUGACCCUGACAACGAGACGAGCGACAAGGGUCCCAAGUUCACCCGGACCUUCGGCAACAUGGGCUUCUUCAAGCCUCCUCGUUUGCCUUUUGAGGAGCGGCCCAAGCUGGUGACGCAGAACGACCUGCAGCAGUUCAAACAGCAGGCUGGAGCUUCACUUUUAGCUCUCAACAGGCUGCAGGAGCUGGACCUGUCUGCCUGCGACAAACUCACCGACAGCAGCAUCACACAGGUGGUGCGUUACCCGGACCUCCACAGUCUGUCACUCUCCAUGCUGCCGGAGAUCACCGACGCCAGCUUGGCAUCAGUAGCCUGGCACUGCCGCAGCCUCACCAGCCUGGCCCUCAGCCACUGCCCGGGGAUCAGUGACCGUGGAGUGGCACAGGCUGUACCGUAUCUCCAAAGACUGCAGCAUCUCUACCUCUCCUGUUGUAAUAACAUCACUGACAGAUCUUUGUUCCUCCUGGUGCAACACUGUAAACGCCUGCGAACACUGGACAUCUCAAGGUGCAAAAACAUCUCCAUGACAACUCUGGAGCUCCUUCAUUCACAGCUGCCCUUCCUGGAAAAUGUCCACUACAAAUUCAUAGGUGGGGCUGAUCAUGUACUUGCACUCUGACAGACUUAGUAAUUUCAUGUGAACUGAAGGAAAUGUUGAAAUCUAUAUGUUAAGUGUACUGUAAGUGGUUUUUAAAAAAAGGUUGUACUUGUAUGAUACAACCCCACAGAGCAGAUACAAUGGUAUUUAACCACCAUAUUUAAAGAUGAACUGUUAUGUCCGAGCGGAGAAAUCUGUAAUAUUUAUGUUCAGUUUAUGUGGUGCAUCAUCACUGAGGGCACAGAUUUAAGUGAAGCAUGUAGAAAAGCCGCAUCUGUGUACAACUGUCUGUUUAAAUCAAGAGAAACUCUGGAAAAAACUGCAACAUACAGCUGCCAAAGCAAGAAAUACUUUAACAUUAUAUCAGUAGUAGGAGAUUGGGAAUCUCUGGAGGUGUAGACGUCACUGAAACCAGUCAAGUGUCUUGGAAAACAUUUCCAUCACUGACGGUCGAAAGAAAAUGGAGGAAGCUUUCAUAAGAAAUUAUUUUGGGAUUAAAAGUUGAUUAUUUUUUUGAUGCUGUAGUUUUGUUGAUUUCUUUUCUAUUGCAGAGAAAAAGUGAAUUCUUAAUAAUGUAUGUAAUUAUAUAUUUAAUGCUUAAUAAUUAUUUAGUCCACAACUAAUGACAUUCCAAGUUUAGGUUGUUUUAAAUGCUAAAAAGGCGAUCAGACUUAAUUCCUCAUGUUUGCCCAUUUCGGACAUUUUUCUUUAUUUUUUUAACAACAAAAUAGGUUUAAUAUUUUUAUAACAGAUUUGUGCUGCUUAAGUAGAAGUAAAGAUGGGUUAUGACAUGAAAUAGUGGUUCUCAGCGUUAACUGUCAGACCAACCCCAAUACCAGAAAGGAUGGACGCAGUGUAAAACAUACAUUUACCAGAAUGUGAAAGAAUAAAUUCCCUUUUGACAUAAACUAGACAGAAAACAUUACAAAGACAAUGUAUCAGGUCAGCAGGUUUAUUUGCAACAGAUAAUAGUAUCAUGAUUGGGAAUGACUUGCAUUCUGUUUUCUCAUUUAUGUUUCACACAGUGUACCAACUCUUUCUAAAUCAGGGGUUGUAGAAACAAAAUGACUCCGAUGCUUAGGUGAACAAUGAAGAGAAAUUUAUUUUGCAUGGUCUCUUUCAAAGGUUUUCUUUUUAAAGAAUGUCAGCUGCCCCUGGCGGAGGCAAAGAAUUACAGACUGUAAAAAUGAAAAAUUGAAGAUAAAAAAGAUGUUGAUUUUAUAAAUAAACCAAAGCUUGGCUCUGAGCAAAACACA